CCUUCAUCGCAGCGCUUCGUUGUAACUCCUGGCCAGGAGCCAACAAUCAAUUGCAUCGCGCAAGCCCUCGAGCAAAGCUUGCCUGUUCUAAUCACGGGUCCGCCAUCAUCAGGAAAGACCUCCCUCGUCUCACACCUCUGCUCGCUUCUACAUCCAGCAGCCGGCAAGUCGGCGGACCUUCCCGUCGUGACGCUGCAGCUGGGAGACCAUUCGUCACUCGACGCCAAGUCACUUCUGGGCAGUUACACCUCAUCGUCUCGCAAACCUGGUACCUUCGAGUGGGUAGAGGGCGCCCUCACGCGAGCUGUGCGAUAUGGGAAAUGGCUCGUCCUCAAGGACAUCGACAAGGCGACGAGCGAGGUGCUCAGCGUCAUCAAGCCCCUCGUUGAGGCUCUCGGCCCCUACAAGACCCUCGGAGCAACACCAGAGCUCUCGCUCGGGCCGAGAGGCAAGGUCAAGGCUGGAUCGUCCUUCCGCCUCUUUGCCCUUCGUUCUACUACACCGUCGAAGAAUCGUCUCGGACGAUCUUUGUUCCCUCCGCCUUCUUUCCUCGGCAAUAAGCAUUGGAUCUCUCUCUUCUUGCCGUCUCUGGAGACGUCGGACGUGCACGAGAUACUCGCAGGGACCUUCGUAAAGCUGGCAGCAAUCGCUGAUGGCGAGGCCUUGAGCACCCUCAUCGAAGCAUGGACGUCGGUAGUCCGAACAGCGAGCGGCAGUGGUGGCCAGUCAAAGGGGCGCUCAGCCGCCACACGUGUCCCUACGUUGCGAGACCUGAUCAAGUGGUGCCGCCGAGUCGAAGCUUUUGCAGACCCGACCAGCAGUAGCCACGCUCUCUUCUCCGAUCAGCGCAAGGUUGAGCGCGCUUUCGUUGAGGGAGCUGAGAUCUUCUUGGGCAACUUGCAGUCUCUCGUCAUCACAACCUCUACCGGAGUGGCUUCACCUCACCCUUGCCUGGCUGCGCUGGCGUCGGCGCUCGGCCUGGAUGCAGAGCGGGGAUUGUGGCUGCUUAACGAGAAGACACCAGACGUUGCAAUUAGGGGUGGCUUGGCAUUCAGUGAGAGCGAUCAAGCUACAGUGAGAGUCGGUCGUAUGGACCUGUCCAGGCGCAAAAUAAGCUCGCAUGCGUCAGUCUCUCGCACGUUCGCCAUGACGCGACCAGCCGCUCAGCUCCUCGAGCGCAUCGCAGCUAGCGUCGCCAUGAAGGAGCCUGUGCUUCUGGUGGGCGAAACAGGUACAGGAAAGACGACUACAGUGCAGCACCUUGCAUCUUUGCUUGGUCGCGAUAUGAUCGCGCUCAAUCUCUCGCAGCAGACUGAGGCGUCCGACCUUCUCGGGUCCUUCAAGCCUGUAGAGCCUCGUAUCCCUGCGACCGAGUUGCAUAAUGCGUGGUUCGACCUCUUCGAGACAACCUUCUCCUCGAAGAGAAAUGCGCGAUUUGUUGAGACAGAGCGCAAGGCGCUGCAAGGGGGCAAGUGGCCUCGCCUGGUCACACUGUGGAAAGAGAGCAUUCGCAUGGCUGAAGAGCGAAAGGAUCGCAAGAGCAAGCUCGUAGCAUCAAGCGAGGGCGCAGAGGCAGCUGCGGCUGGGACAACGACGACCAAGAAGAGAAGGACAGAGCGUGGACCGACCCCUGGUACACCGUCUGAAGACCAAGAGCAUCAACGGGAAGCAGUGCUCAACGCGUCGUGGGCUUCGUUCGCCGAGCGAGUCCACGAUUUUGCCGCUCAACACGCCUCGAAGCGCCGCAACUUCGUCUUCUCCUUCGAUGAAGGUCCACUAGUCAAAGCCCUGCGCGAGGGAUCAUGGGUCCUUCUCGACGAGAUCAACCUGGCAGCCUCAGAGACGCUCGACUCUCUUGCAAGCGUACUCAACUCGCCCGACAGCAGUGUGACCCUCUUCGAGCGAGGCGACAUUGAGCCCAUCCCACGUCACCCUGACUUCCGGCUUUUCGCCUGCAUGAACCCGGCGACGGAUGUAGGCAAAAAGGAUCUGCCUGUCAACCUGCGUAGCCGCUUUACUGAGCUCUAUGUACAGAGCCCGGACAGUGAUCGCGAGGCUCUCAUUGCGAUCGUCGAGAAGUACAUCGGCCACCUCGCUGCUAGCGAUCGUUCGGCGGUCAUGGAUGCCGCGGAGUGCUACACGGAAAUCAGGAAGCUGGCCAAUGAUCACCAGCUUGCCGAUGGUGCCAAUCAACGCCCGCACUACUCCAUUCGUACUCUUGCUCGAUCUCUCACUUUCGCUGCGGACCAGUGCGCUGCCUUCGGCCUGCGACGAGCGCUCUGGGAGGGCUUUGUCAUGGCUUUUACGAUGCUACUCGACGACAAGAGUGCAAAGGUCGUCAAGGAAAUUCUCGACCGAUCCUUCAUCGGAAGAGCUCGCAACGCUAAGCAAGCGGCCACCUUCGUGCCGCCUCGUCCCAAAGGUUCUGCAGAGUAUGUGCAUGUCAGCCCCUUCUGGCUUCAGACUGGAUCGCAACCCCUCGAAGCUGCUGAAGACUACAUUUUGACGCCAUCCGUUCAGGCCAAGCUGGUCGGUCUCGCUCGAGCCAUUCUAGCCCGCAAGAGUCCCGUCCUGAUCCAAGGUCCAACUUCCGCAGGUAAGACCAGCUCAGUCGAGUACCUUGCCAGACGCACGGGACAUCGCUUCGUCCGCAUCAACAACCACGAGCACACGGACAUCCAAGAGUACCUUGGUUCCUAUGCGUCUGACCCAGACAGCGGCCGCCUCGUCUUCCACGAAGGCCUCCUAGUCAAAGCCCUCCGCCGCGGCGACUGGAUUGUGCUCGACGAGCUCAAUCUCGCACCUACAGACGUAUUGGAAGCGCUGAAUCGCCUGCUAGACGACAAUCGCGAGCUCAUCAUCCCAGAGACCGGAGAAGUCGUACGCCCACACCCGAGCUUCAUGCUCUUUGCCACACAGAAUCCGCCAGGUGUGUACGCUGGGCGCAAGGUGCUCAGUCGAGCCUUCCGAAACCGCUUUCUCGAGCUGCACUUCGAUGACGUGCCUCGCCCUGAGCUGGAGACCAUCCUUACCAAUCGCUGCUCAAUCCCGCCGAGCUACGCGUCAAAAGUGGUAUCGGUGUUCGUGGAGCUGCAGACUCGCCGGCAAGCGGGUCGAGUUUUCGAUACCAAGCAGGCCUUCGUGACGCUGCGAGACCUGUUCAGAUGGGGACAGCGUGAGGCCACGGGAUAUCAGCAGCUGGCUGAGAAUGGGUACAUGCUCAUUGCAGAACGAGCUAGACGAAGCGAUGAUAAGGCGAUUGUCAAGGAGGUCAUCGAGGGCAUCAUGAAUGUCAAGAUCGAUGAGGCUAGCCUGUACAAUCUCAAGGGCAAAGGUAGGAAGGCAGCGUCGGAUCACAUUGGCGCAGAUGUCGUUGAGGCCAUCGUCUCUGCGUGCGACGAGAGUGGAAUCGUUUGGACAGCGGCCAUGUCACGCUUGCUUUGCCUGGUCGCUCUGGCACUCAAGUACAAUGAGCCAGUCCUUCUCGUAGGCGAGACCGGUGCUGGCAAGACGUCAGCAUGCGAGAUCGUCGCCAAGGCCUUUGGGCAUCGCCUGCAUAGCGUCAGCUGCCACCAGAAUACCGACACUGCGGACCUCCUCGGCGGACAACGUCCUCUGCGCAAUCGCGGUGCGCUUCAGGCUCAAGCUCGAGCUCAAGGGCUGGAGGUUCUCGCAGAGCUGGCAGACGCCGACAACAUGCCGGCCGAUGACAGCGAUCUCGAGACGGUAGCUAUCGCCGUAUCCAAGGCGGCGCAGCGUACCUCCGAUGAAAUCGUCAAGCAGCGCCUCGCCUCCGCCAUCCAGCAAAUCAACCAAGCCAGCGCCCUCUUCGAAUGGCGAGACGGCCCCCUCGUCGAAGCUAUGCGAGGCGGAGAGCAUCUCCUACUCGACGAAAUCUCCCUCGCCGAGGACAGCGUUCUCGAACGCCUGAAUAGUGUCUUGGAGCCUGGUCGCACCCUUGUCCUCGCUGAGAAGAGCUCGGUUUCGACCAAGAGCAGCGAAGGCCUCGAUGCGGCGCAGAUCACGGCAGCGGACGGCUUUGAGGUCGUCGCGACGAUGAAUCCCGGCGGAGACUACGGCAAGAAGGAACUGAGCCCCGCGUUGCGCAAUCGUUUCACUGAGAUUUGGGUGCCGCAGGUGGACGAUCGUGAAGAUAUCCUGGCCAUCUUUGAGGCUAAGUGGGCGGAUCAAGCGGAGGCGCUGCGUGACUGGGGCCGCCGUAUUCUUGAAUUUGCCGACUGGUAUGCAAGCCAGGUGGGCGGCAAGGAGCAGGCUGGGAUCGGCCUUCGAGACUUGCUUGCUUGGGUUGCAUUCAUCCGUAAUGCGGUCGUUUCCGGCUCGCUGGACGCAUCCACAGCUUACGCCCAUGGCGCGAUGCUUGCCUUCGUCGACGGGGUUGGCACCACGUCCUCGACUAUGGCGAUGACGACCACAGGACUCAAAGUACUUCGCCAGCACUGCUUGGAGCAAAUCCGCUCCUGGACAGGUGGCGUCUCCCCAAUCGCAGAGCCGGUCCUCGCUGCUACGCCCACGACAUUCGGCAUCGGCCCUUUCCACAUCGCACGAGGGCCCCUUAUGGACACGUCAGCGACUUUCAGCUUCGAAGCGUCCACGUCAGCCUCGAAUGCGCUCAAAGUGCUCCGCGCCCUCCAUAUCCCGAACAAGGCCAUUCUCCUCGAGGGCAGCCCUGGCGCAGGCAAGACUUCACUCAUCGGCGCCCUUGCCGCAGCCUCAGGCAAUGCUCUCACCCGCAUCAAUCUGUCCGAUCAGACCGAGCUGGGCGAUCUCUUUGGUGCUGACCUGCCCGUUGAAGGGGGCGGGCCAGGCGAGUUUGCAUGGAAGGAUGCCGCUUUCCUCCGAGCGAUGCAGAGUGGCGAGUGGGUGCUGCUCGACGAGAUGAAUUUGGCCAGCCAGUCUGUACUCGAAGGGCUCAACUCUUGCCUUGACCAUCGCGGGUCCGUAUACAUCCCUGAGCUGGGCCGUGCCUUUGACAAGCACCCGGACUUUCGACUCUUCGCAGCACAGAACCCUCACCAGCAAGGAGGGGGGAGAAAAGGACUGCCUAAGUCCUUCCUCAAUCGCUUCACCAAGGUCUUCGUCGAGGAGCUGCGCGCUGAUGACAUUCUGGCUAUCUGCAAGCACCUCUACCCUACUUUUGCGCACGAGGAGCUCGUGAAGAUGAUCCGCUUCAAUGCCGAGCUGCACAACGAGGUGAUGGUCAAGCACUCCUUUGGGCGUCAGGGAGCGCCGUGGGAGUUCAACUUGCGAGAUCUGCUUCGUUGGCUGGCUAUGAUUCACUCAGAUCUGGGCCUCAACUGGACUCACCAGCCUAUCGACCACCUCGCUGCUCUCUACAUUCAACGUUUCCGCUCAAAGAGCGAUCGUCAAGCAGCAGCAGCCCUCUAUGAGAGCAUCUUCGGCACGAAGGUUAACCCAGAUGCCCGUCCAUGGCCGACGCUGUCAUCUCGCCACGUCCAAUUCGGUCACGCUCUGUUGCCGCGCCAUCCCACGGGAAGCACGAGCGACAUCGAUCUCGCCGUGUUGCCCGGCCAUCUACCCGCUCUCGAAGCUCUCGCAGAUUGUGUUCGCCUGCAGUGGAUGUCGAUCCUCGUUGGCUCGAGCGCGUGUGGGAAGACUAGCCUCGUCCGCAUGCUAGCCUCAUUUGUGGGCGCUCCUCUCGAGGAAGUCCGAAUGAACAGCGGCGUCGAUACGAUGGAUGUGCUUGGCACCUUCGAGCAGAUGGACCCGCAUGGCAAGACACGGCAGCAUCUGCAAGCUGCCAAGAGGCUUGUUGGAGAGCUAAAGGUCGGCGCGCUUCGGCGUCUCGGAGCCGUCUACGAGCAGCUGGCCGUUGCCGAGGAUGCAAUUCAGCAGGGACUAUCGGCUCUCACAGGAGACCGAUGGGCUGACCAGCAUCUUCAAGCUGUCCUCAAAUCGCUCAGCGCUAUCAGCAGCUCCAACGCGCUCUCGUCUGAGCAGUCUCAAGCCUUUGUCAUGCUGCACGAUGCCCUUGCUUCCAGUGACCCUACCCACCAGAGCGCUGCCGGGCGUUUCGAGUGGAACGACGGCCCGCUGCUUCGAGCGAUGAAGAAUGGCUCGUGGCUGCUGCUGGACGACGCCAAUCUUUGCUCUGCUUCAGUGCUCGACCGACUCAACUCGCUCUUCGAGCCAGGAGGAGCCCUUGUGCUAAGCGAACGUGGUGUGGUUGACGGCGAGAUCCCCGUCGUUCGACCUCACGCCAACUUCAGGCUUUUCAUGGCCAUUGACCCGCAGCAUGGCGAACUCAGUCGUGCGAUGCGCAAUAGAGGACUGGAGAUUUCGCUGCCGCCUCUUCCAACGCAGGAUGCUGCUCUUCUCAGCGGUCUUAACGCCUUCUCGUCGACCGGAGCUGCGCCCGUGCUUUCGUCGCGUUAUGAUACGGAUCUAGCGAUGGGUGAGCUCAUCCUGUACAGCUCGGCAGAGUACAGCGACGUGUUUGAGAAAUUUGCCUUUGCCACUCUACCCUCCAAGUCGGUCGGUCUCUUCUCACGCCUGGCUACUGCUACCUCUCAAGACGACAUUGUCCAGCUGCAGACCUUUCUGCGAAGGGUUGGCGUCGAUCACGCAGCUACGCGUCCAAGAGUAGAGUGGAAUCAGGCCCACCAAGACCUCGAGGCUUUCGUCGCCCAGCAGUCGCUCGAUCUCGGCGUGAACCCCAACUGCUGGGACGACAAGCUCGAAAGGAUGCCCCUCUUUAGGCUAGGGCUCGACGUCGCCGCCUCUGCUCUUCAUCUGCUACGACUGCUUCACGCAGCUCGCAAAGCGGCUGAUUCUACGUCGGUAACAUCAGGACGAUCCGUUCUCGAGCGCUACGCCAUGCUCGCCCUCUCUGACAAGCGGACGAAGAGUCAUGACGGCGACGACGGUCGAGAGAUUGGACAGAUCCUCGCAUUUGCUGGGCAUGCUCAGAAACUCACAAGCCAGCUCGUCUUCAGCAAUGAGGCAACGCCCGAACUCCUCGAAACGCUGCGAGAGAUGGUUCGCCUGCUUUACUUUCUCGUCAACAGCUUUUCGCAGCAAACAGCAUUCGACCACUCGACGGCGCAUAUUGUCAUGGGCCAGGUACAAGAGUACGCGGGUAGCCUAGCAGCUCUACUGCCUACAGCAGCAAGCUCAUGGCCUUCGAUGGGCCAUCGCUCCGCCAACCUCUCGUCGGGUCAUGCUAUGAGAGAGAUAUGGGAGCUCAGCAUGCCUGCCCUUGCCUUUGCGGAGGCAGCUCAAGGCUCCUCGCUCCUUCACGUGCUUCUCUCCAAGGUGCAGCGCAGCGAACACAAUGCCGAGCUCGUCUCGUCUGCGGUGGACCUCGCAGCGACAGUGCGCUUGUCAGGCAACGAAUCGUGGACUGCAUCACAGAAGUCGGACGUGCUCGCCAUGAUUGAUCGAGUAAAUCGGCAAUUGCAAGCUCAGCCGAUGCUAGCAAGAGGCACAACUGUGACAUCAUCGUGGGAGGUGCCGCUUCUUUCUGCCAUCCAGUUGCAUUCCGGAACAUUUGCCGGCACGGUCAGCGACCAGUCCGUCUGCACAGAGCUCUACAAGCACAGCCUCACACAAGCAGCCUACCCCGUGCGUUGUGCGAUUGCCGCCCGAGCUCUCGACUGGAGCAUGCAAGCAUCAUCAGGAAGAGUCGCUGCGGCAUCGCUCGAGGACAGCUUUCUGUGGACAGCGCCGCUCCUCUCGCAGUCGCACGUCGACGAGUUGCUUCAGCCAUUCCUGCUCCAUAUGGCGCUCUUCCCUUCAACCAGGUCUCGAAUCAACAUGAGUCACCUGGCCCGGCAUCGCAAGACCACGGCCAAGAUGGGUCGACUGGUCAUGGCUUCUCGCGCGACGACGACCUCAACUCGUCAUCGAGCUUUACGUGUUGAGCUCAUCGCCUUCGUCAAACUACUUGCCACCAAGCUUGGCUCAUCCGCUCACGAUGAGGUCUGCGCUGCCGUGCCACAGCUGCAAGGCGCUCUCGACGCCCUGAGCGGCGCCUCUGAGGACGACGUAGCCGCCACUGGACAAGCUUACCUGGACGUUGCCUCGGAGAUGCUGAGACUCUACGUGCCCAAUGUGCCGCUGGAUCCGUUGGCUCUGAUGCGUACCGGCGAGUCGUUGGCUCGAUCCAAGCUCGACGGCCUGGUGGAGCACGAAGUCAUCUGGACCAACUUCGAGAAGCAAGUCACCGGCCACAUAUCGAGUCCCAUGGCAACGUCAAUCCAAGAGGCGGUCAAGAAGACUACAGAAGAAUGGCGCUCAACACAGAGCAAGACGGCCGUCGAUCGUCGACCCGACGCGACUCGCCUCGCCCAGCUUUUCCGCACCGUAGCGUCGGUCGUCUCGCAGACGAUAUCGAAGGACAGGGUCUCGGAUCUUCGCAACUUGAUCGCCGCAGGAGGGCUGCAAGACCAAGUCAUCGCGCGGGAAGACCAUCUCCAGCGCUCGCUGCAAAGCCUCCGUCGCGCACUCGUCGAAGAGUACACGGACCUUGCUGACCUCUGCUCGCCCAUCGUCAAGAUCGUCGACCUCUUUCAGGUCGGCUUCCGUGCCUUGCUCUGGAGCGAGCAACACCGUCAUGCGCCUGCAAAGCAGCAGCGCCACGCCAAGCUCGUCGAUGCACUCGUCGCCUUCCCUACGACGCGCGCUUGUGAAGCCUUUUUGGCAUCCGAGCUGCCCGUCAGAGUCAAAGCUGGAUCGAGUGAGGGCUCACUGGCAGUGCCGAUGCUCUUGACCGUUCUUUCCAGUGUUAGCUGCGAAGUUCAAAAUGGAAGGACGCUCCCCGCAGUACUCAAGAUUCUCAGCCGCACAUACGACCAGCUCUUCUUCAUCUGGACAACUGACCGCGAGCACGAGCGCAAAGCAGCUGAAGAGCAGAGCAGCCUCUUCAAAUCGCGCAACAAUGUUGACGCUGAUAUUCCUGACGAUGAGGAGCUGCUCGAAGCCGAGUUCAGGAGCAUGUUUCCAGAGUACGGCGACAUCAUGGAUCGCGAUGAGCAGAACGCCGCAGACCAAGGAUCAGCGUCAGGAUCAAAAGGGCUCUUCUUUGCCCCAGAAUAUCAAAAGCAGCUUUGGGAGCUUCACUGCGAGCUCUUCGCGGCCACUCAGCAGGAGGGCCGUCUCGACUCAACCGCACUCAAUCGCAUGCGACUUCAACUGGCACGCAGCUUGAUGACCUCUUCUUACGGCAGUGCAAUGUGCGAGGACCUCGACAAGAAGAGUGGUGCCUUCCAGCUGCACGUCUUGGCUCGCGAAGCCGGUCUUGACGACGGCAGCAGCCACCGCAAUGCAGCCGAAGUCAACUUCUACCUGGAUGCCAACGUAGACGAGACAAGCAAGGCGACGAAUAUCGUGGAGGCCAUGCGCGCACGACUCAGUGAACUCGUUGAGGAAUGGCCGGAGCAGAUGGUGCUGCAGCACAUUCGCGACCGCUGCGACGCCAUUCUUGCCCUCGACUCGGCCAGCCCCGUAGCCAAGGUGCUCUCUGCGCUCGAACAGCUCCUCGUCCACUCGCAGGACUGGGAAGGCUACGCCAAUUCAUCGAACUCACUCGCUGCUCAUCGCACUCGAAUCUCAGAUCAGAUCAUCGCCUGGCGUCGCUUGGAGCUCUCCAGCUGGGCCAAGUUGCUCGAAACGCAAGCGCAAGACUACAAGGCGUCGGUCAGCAUCUGGUGGUUCCGUAUCUACGAGGUCGCCGUUCGAGGCAUGCAGUCAGCUGUCGCAGAUGGCGCUGCUGCGGAGCACCUUCGCUCCCUCGUCUCACUCCUCGAUGAGUUCGUGAGAUCGAGCACGCUCGGAGACUUUGCCGCUCGUCUGGACCUCGUCAGAGCGUUUGGCGGGUUCCUCGAUCUACUCUUCGUUCAUGCACCGAGCACAGAGACAGAAGGUCUUGACAGAGUUGGGCGCAUCUUCGCGAACGUAGUCGCCUUCUACGGACAAUUCAGCGCUACCAUUGCCGAGACGCUAGACCGACAGCGCAACAAGAUCGAGAAGGAUAUACGCGACUUCAUCAAGCUCGCGAGCUGGAAGGACGUCAACAUCCACGCGCUCAAGCAGAGCGCCCAGAAGUCCCACCGACGCUUGCACAAGUCAACACGCCAAUUUCGUGACGUACUGCGCCAGCCCGUCGACCCUAUCCUGGCCGGAGCUUCUGAAAUCAGAAAGCAGGCGGAGGAUCUUACUGUGCCAGCUCAACGAAGUCUCUCGCACGGCGUCUUUGACGUGUCAAUGGUCAGCAAGACACUUGCCCAGCUGCCCGCGGGACCACAAGGCGAUGCAGAGCGACCUCGGCAUCUUGUUAAUCUUGCUCGCACUCUCGAGAUUUUGGCCAAGAAGACGGAUGGGCACCUGCUCCCGGCACUGUCUGCCGUUCAUCACGAAGCCAUCGACGGCCUCGCAACGGUCAUCGUUUCUGAGUCGCAGAACUUCGCCAAGGCGACGCCGGCUCUUGCGAAGGAGGAUAACGAGAAGACGAUCAAGGACUUGACGAACCAGAAGCGCAAGGCUUGGACCGACUUGCUGAAGGAGCUGCGCCGGAUCGGCUUUACGCCCUUUGUCAACGCGGACGUCGCCUCACACAACCAAGAUCUUGCGGCUGUCUACGAGCGACGUCUCCUCGAGCCGGCCGAGAAAGACUUGAAUAGCUACUACUACCGCCUACUGGCCCUUCUGCCCCGCAUGAGGCAGUCAUUGCACACUGCGAAUGGCGACAUUCCCAUCCAAGAGCUGCAGCGAGGUGUCUCAUAUUGCGAGCACGCCAUGAGUAUCGUCUUCAAGGAGCGAGCGCGUCUUGCCAAGCUCCACGACUCUCGAGCUAAGCUGCAAGCCACGGUCGCUAGACUCUCAGUGCUUGGUUCAGACGCCGUCGCUGUGCCAUGUCCGGCUCACCUUUCAGCCCACGUCGAUGCCUUGGGAGCUCUGUCGAGGCGGGCGUCUGCUGCGCUCCGUGAGAUCCAUUGCGAAUCGGCGGUCAACAUUCAGCUCUCGCCCUUCAAGAUGGCAGGCCUGCAAAGCUUCCGAGACGGACUGGCCGACGAGAUGAGCCUGCUCUCGAGUAACGCAGAUAAGCUCGCCAAGCUGUCAUGCGCUUUGAACGGCUCGUGCAGCGCCUUCUGGACAAAGGCGGAGCAUGAGCUUGUCAAGCAGUCAUUCAGCGACCUCGAGCGCAUCGCAGGGAAGCUCGAAAGGGCAGAGGCUGCCGUCAAGGCCCUUUGCGUGCCAACGAGCCAGUGGCUUACCUCACAGCUCGCUGCUUUGCCAGCGACGUCCUCUCACCAGCCUCAAAGCAAUGGCGCCGGCGGCGACCCAGCAUCCCUCAGCGACCGCCUCAUUGGCUCUGUCUUAGUGAUUGCUCAGGAUGUACAGCAGCUUGCUACUCCUGCCACCGAGCAGGGCGAUCAUUUGCCCGACAAGACGAUCGUGGAAGAUUGGCAGAUGCUUCAGGCCGCUGAGCGCCAACUUCGUCACGAUGAGGUCGCCGACUGCAUUGCGGGCUGCCUUUCCUCCAUCGCGACAUCGCCUGGCUCCUCUGGCCUCAACGAGCUUCCUCGCAUCUCUCCUUUCGUCGCCAACUACAGUCGGCUCCUUUCAGCCCACAUCGACGCCUCUCGCUCAUGGCAGCGUAGCAUACUCAAGCUCACCUACCUGCUUUCAUCGCUCGUCGCUUCGCUCGCUCUCUAUGGCUUCUGCAAGCCGCCGGCUCAAGACACUUCAGAGGAUGCUGAGGCGGGGACUGAUAGCCAGGACCUCGAAGGUGGCACAGGGCUCGGCGAUGGAAGUGGCGCCCAAGACAUCACUGAUCAAGUGGAUGACGAUGAGAACAUUGAAGAGCUGGAAAAGGGCGAUGAUGCUGAGGGCGAGAAGGGCGAGACACAAAGGGAGAAGGGCGCCAAGGAGGCUCAAGAAGACAUCGGUGGCGACCUUGAGGACAUUAGCGCUGAUGAAGGCGAUGAUGGCGCCGAGGAGGAAGACAAGGACGACGGCGAGCAGGAAGAUCCUGAUGAGCACGUCGGCGACGUUGAUCCACUGGACCCGAAUGCAGUCGACGAGAAAGUCUGGAGCGGAGAGCAGGACGAAGAGCAGAAGCAGGGCGAUGACAAGGAUGAGACGAACAAGGACCUCGAUGGCGGCAAGGAAGGGCAAGAAGAUUCGGUCGCCAAGGACGAGGGCAAGCGGGAUGACAAAGCGCAGAAAGAGUCGGCAUCGGAUCGCAAAGAAGGCGGCGAGCAGCAACAGGAUGGUGAGGAUAGUGAGGGUGAAGAGGGCGACGAGGGGCAGCCAGAGGAUGAUGGAGAGGGCGAAGAGCUGGCUCCCGAGGAAGAUGACGGUCAAGAGCAACAAGGUCCCGGUCGCAAGCUUGAUGAACAGGUCGAUGACAGCGAGAAGCUUGACAUUGAUGAGGACAUCAAGAUGUCAGACCAGGAAGGUGGUGACGACGAUGAGGACGACGAUGAAGUGGACAAUCUCAGCGACAUCGACCUGCCAGAGGAGGGGCAGCAGCAGGAUGCCAAGGGGGGGCAGGAAGAUGACCUACCUGCGGAUGCUCCUGAAGAGCUUGAGAAGCUGAAUGAUCAGGGCGAGCAGCAGCAGCAGGGCGAUGAGGCCGCUGAUGAGGAAGCAGAAGUAGCCAAGAACGCCGGAGAAGACGCGAUGGAUGCGGACGAUUUGCAAGACGAGGAAGGGGAGGAGCAAGACGAUCUCCCUCGAGCUCAAGGCCAAGACGGUGCUGCGAUGGAUCAAGAGCAAGACGCGAUGCUCGACGACGCAGAUCCAGCAGGUGACAGCCAAGCUGCGGGCGACAUACCUGCCUCUGCCGAGCAAGCGCAAGGCUCUGCUGGCCAGCAAGGUCGUCAAGCUAGGCAGUCGCGACCAACAGCGCCGCAAGGGCAGUCUGACAACAAAGAGGCCGCCGAGCGAGAUGAGCAGCAGACUGGCGACCAGGAGCAAGCGGUCGAUGAUCCCUCAGCCAGCGCUGCUCGCGGUGCACGGGCUGACACGCAGGCUCAAGACGAGCAGCAGACGGCCGCCGAAGAGGGUGCCGAAGAGGAAGACAACAAGGCUAACCCGAUUCGCAGCCUUGGCGACGCCCUCAAAGAGUUCCGGCGCAACCUCGACUCCAUCGCAGAGGCUACUGCUGAUGAGACGUCGAAGCCAGAAGCCAAACCCGAGGGUGAAGCAAUGCCUGAAGACGGCGAAGUCGAGCACAUUGCCAACGAUAAUGAUGCAGAGAUGCAAGCUCUAGGCGCCGCCGAAGACGAGGAGAUUGCUCAGAAGAUGCCCGAGAAGUCGGUGCAGGAUGCCGAGCAAGAGGGAGACGCGAAACCAGCUGCACAAGAGGAAGACGUGGCAAUGCAGGAGCCUCUUGGUCAUCUUGAGCCAGCACCGCUGCCUAAUGUGGACGAGGGUAUGCAACAGCAACAGGAGCAGAGCAGGUCGGACGAUUCUCAGCGACAGCAGCAGCCUGGCGGUGCUCUCAUGCCCAAUGACAUCGACAGACAAGCACGUCAGCUCGGCGUUGACGAGGAGCGUGAGUCGUCUCCUUCUAUUGGACAAGUCGACGGAGAGGCCGAAGAGGAGCAGGUCGACCCUCUGCCUGAAGAUGAGCGCCAACAAGCGGACGAAGCUCUCGAAUCCGCCCUUGCCGACUUCCGUGACCUCUCAACCGACGAGGAGCGUCUAGCGAAAGCCGGCGAGCUCUGGCGCUCCUACACGGCCAUGACUUCAGACCUUGCGUUCGCCCUUUGCGAGCAACUCAGGCUCAUCCUCACACCCACACUGGCCGCUCGACUGAAUGGCGACUUCCGAACGGGCAAGCGUCUCAACAUGCGCAAGAUCGUACCCUUCAUCGCGUCAGACUUCGCAAAGGACAAGAUCUGGCUCAGGAGGACGAAGCCGUCGAAGCGCGAGUACCAAGUGUUGCUUGCGCUGGACGACAGUCGCAGUAUGGCCGAUAAUCACAGUGUGCACUUGGCCUACCAGACUCUCGCCCUCGUAACCGGGGCGCUGAGCCGUCUCGAGGUGGGAGAUGUCAGUAUCUGCCGCUUUGGCGAGUCGGUCCGUACGCUUCAUCCUUUCGGACAUGGGCAAUUCGGCGAAGACAGCGGCUCUUCAGUCUUGCAACAGCUCUCCUUUGAGCAGAGAGGGACCAAUGUCGCUCGGCUGCUGGAGCAUACGCUCGAAUCGCUUCAAGAAGCGCGGGACUCUCGCGGCACCUCGAGUGGCAGCUCAGCUGCUGAUCUCUGGCAGCUCGAGAUCAUCAUUUCAGACGGAGUGUGCCAAGAUCAUGAGAAACUGCGCUCCUUGCUUCGUCGUGCUAGCGAGCAGCGAGUCAUGAUCGUCUUCAUCAUCGUCGACUCAAUGCGCGGGGGCGGUGACCAGCAGGGCAAGUCAUCCUCGUCAGCAUCCUCUUCGAUCUUGUCCAUGUCCUCGGUCAAGUACGAGGUCGAUCCAGCUACAGGCAAGAUGGAGAUCAAGAUGGAUCGCUACCUCGAUUCGUUCCCUUUCAGCUACUACGUCGUGCUUAGGGAAGCAGAGGCCUUGCCUGAGGUCCUAGCUACAACUCUGAGGCAGUGGGCGGAGAAGAUAAGGGAGGCGGAGUGA